AUGGUUCUGCUCGGUAAUGAUGAGUUUCUUGUAGAACUUUCCAAGUUAUUUCAAAAAGCACGCAACUCAGGAUCAAUUACUAUGACGAUGAAAAGAUAUGAUGGCCGGACUAAGCCACAGCCACGAGAUGGAACUCCUGCUGUUAAGAAUCCGGAAUACAAAUGUUUGAUAAGAGCACAAACUGGCAGUAAAAAAAUUUCAACAGUCAUAGAGCAAAAAGAGGUGGAGAAGUUUAGCACAGCCUAUUCUAAUUUAUUAAAAACAAGUGUAAACGGAUUAAAACGAUUAAAAAAGCCGAAGAAAAAAGGAAUGGCUACUCAGUAA